AUGGCUUCGACUAAAGGAACAGACAAAGUUCUCGAAAAGAUUCAAGAAUCACUCGAUAACAAAAACUAUUAUGAAGCGCAUCAAAUGUACCGUACCGUGUGCAGACGCUUAAUAAAACAGAAACAACACAGUAAAGCUAUAGAUAUUUUGUAUUCUGGGGCACGGUCCCUGUUGGAGCAUAAGCAAAGCGGAAGUGGGACUGAUCUUUCUUUGUAUUUGAUUGAUGCGUAUUUAACGGAAGAAUUGAGUGUUAAUGACGAAUCAAGAGAUCGAAUAAUUAACUUGCUGGAACUUUUCCCGCACGAUGAACCUGGUCGAAAACGAUUCAUCGAUGCAGCUAUAAAUUGGUCGAUUAAAUUUGGUGAUAGUCCAGCUGGUGAUCCCGCGUUACAUCAUUACGUGGCAGAAUUACUUUGGAAAGACAAAAUGUACCAAGAGGCGGAAUCACACUUUCUUGCAGGCACAUCUGCUAGUAGCAGAUCAUAUGGUAAAAUGUUGGCAGAAUGGUCGAGUCAAGAUGAUCCAAGUAAACGAGGAGCUUAUCUCGCCCGUGCUGUAUUACACAUUCGCGACGCAAAAAUAGCAUUCGACAGCUUCGUCGCAGAACUCGCAUCCAAAAACCAAGACAUAAUAACCGACACCGCUUCCUAUCGCCCAACGCCGAACGGUGACUCAGUCGAAAUAAUCAUCUAUGCUAAUGCGCCACUGAUUAAUUUCCUGCAGCUUUUAAUUUUGAUGGUACAACGUGACGCGGCAGAUUUAUUUGUCGUUUUACGUAAUAAAUAUAAAAAUGAUCUGGCAAUUGAGCCUUCUUUUGAAGAUCUUUUGAAUAGAAUCGGAGAAGUGUUUUUCAAUAUAAAAGUGCAACGACCACAACAACUAAGCUUUUUACAAGAUUUAAUGAGCAGCUUUUUUUCACAGCCUGGGAGCUAA